UAAAAACGUUUUCCGAGCAUUUCAACAUAUCAUAUGAAAUUAUGUUUCAGACUUACACCAUGAAGCUUGCUUUGUUUCUGCUUGCUGUUCUUCCAUUUACACUGGGAGCCAGCAUUGAUGAAAAGAGAUUCAUAGAAGGGCUACUUGGUGGAGUUGAUAUUCUAGACUUGGCCAAGCAGGUGCUUAAUCAGUUUGGAUGUGAUGAAACUGAGACACAAUGUGAACAGACAAUGUGCCCGCAAGUGGUAAAUAAACUUGACUUCGGCAACUCGCUCAUUACCGCCCUUACCUGCGGUGCUGUUUGCAAAGAAGUUCAGGUGCUAUCGAAGACCUUUGGAAGCAGCUCUGCGACUGGGGUAGAUCCUUGUUCCGGUAGCUUUACAGGAUAAAAGACUCUCAUUCAAUAUGAUCUUAGAAUAUGGAAAUAAAUUCUCCCCGAAUAUCUUCAA